CACGUGAUACGGUCCUGCGUUGCCAUGACAGCGUGUUUUGUUGAUAGUGGAGCUGAGGCUCAGAUAACUAACAGCUAACGUGUUUAACUCCAGCCGUAGUUUUCUGUCAGUAUAAUUAAAGUUUCCGGAGCCCUGUGAGUCUGCGCAGUGUGUCACGAUGCCGCCGAAGGCUAAAAGCAAGAAGAAGGGCGGGAAUGUGAAGUCUUCCACGGUGGUAGACGGUCUGUCCACGGAGGACAUGUCUAAGGAUCAGCUGGAGGACCACAUCAUCCGGCUCCGGGAGGAGCUGGACCGCGAGCAAGAGGAGAAGAGCUACUUCCAGCUGGAGAGAGACAAGAUCCAGGCCUUCUGGGAGAUCUCCAAGAGGAACCUGGACAAGACGAAGGCCGAGCUGAGGAACAGGAGCCGGGAGAGAGAUGAGGCCGAGGAGCGCCACCGAGUCGAGAUCGAAGUCUAUAAGCGGAAGCUUAAGCACGUCCUGUCUGAGCAGCACAACGCCAUCACUGAGCUGAAGAUGGAGGCCGUCUCUGCGUCCUCGCUGGUCGAGAGGAAGCACGUGCAGUCUGAGAUAGCGCUCCACAGGAACGUUCAGGGUCUGCAGGCGGAGCUCACAGAGAAGAAGUUCCACAUCGAGAGCCACAUCAAAGCGCUGCAGCUGAAACAUCAGACGGAGCUGAUGGAGCUCACCAACCACUACGAGCGCAGGAUCAGAGACAUCGAGGUGAAAUAUCAUAAGAAGAUGCAGAUGAUGAUCCAGGAGGAGAAGAACAAGCGUCAGGUGGCAGUCGCCGAGCUCGACGAGAGGAUGAAGAGUCGAGAGGCGGCUCUGAUCGAGGAGCACGACCGAGGUCUGCGGAGAGUCGAGGAGCAUUUCACGUCCACUCGGGAGAGACUGCUGGCAGACCAGAGGAUGCUCAAGGAGGAGCUCACGGAGGCGCAGAAGCAGCAGGCUCAGGUGUCCCGAGAGUUCUCCAAGGCUCAGGAGGAGAGCAGAAGCCUGAAGGAGGCUCUGCCGGAGGCCCAGCGGGAGCUGGCUGAGCUGCGCCGUCGGCUGGAGGAGCACAACCGCUGCAAGGUCCAGAUGCUGGAGAGCCGGGCUGAGAUGAAGGUCAUGGAGAGGGAACUGAGAGAUCUGACACUGGAGCACGAUCUGCUGCUGCAGGCCUCUGAGAAGGUGCAGCAGGAACGCGACGACCUGCUGAAGAAGCAGAGGGACGCCAUCAUGGACGUGCAGCAGAGGAGCGAGCUGAAGGCGAUGAUGCUGGAGAGGAAGCUGGCGGCGCUAACCGAAACCUUGGAGAAGAAGGAGGCUCAGCUGUGCGCUGCGCUCUCAGCCUCCAGCGCCGACCCGACGGCAGCAGCCAGCGCCGCCAGCAGGCUGGAGGUCAUCGUGGAGCAGAAGCACAACACCAUCGCGUCCUUAAAGGAGGACCUGGCUCAGCAGCGUAAGGGGUACGACGAGCAGAGGGAGGGCCCAAAGACUUGAACCUGUGCAGCAGAUCCUGGAGGGACCGGCCUCCACGACCUUCCAGCAGCUCGGAUUUGAAAAGAAGUUAGACUCUUUCAAAAUAAAACACAUUUCCUCCUGAAGAUGUAACGGACUCUGAAUCGGUCCACGAAGCUUCUCCAAUAAUGUGGAAAGAAAAUGAAACUUUAUCAUUUUGACUGAAUAUUUCUACUGUUAUUGUUUACAGACCUCACUGCUGCUGCUGAUCUACCAAAACAAACAAAAUAAAGCUUCUUUUGGUUGGAUUUUGAA